AUGAAUGCUCCCACGGGAAUGUGCAAAAGGCAAGACAGAGCUAAAAUUGAUGACAACCAUCAAACACGCGAUGAAGAUCAGAUGGUGCUGAUUCCAGGCCUACCAAACCACCUUGCACAUCUUUGCCUCUCAGCCCUUUGCCCUUCCCUCCUCAAUUCAGUUUGCCAAUCUUGGCGCCGGUUCAUAUAUUCCCCAAACUUCCCUCCAUUCUUCUCCCUCUAUGCCCUUCUUUCCUCAACUUCACCAACCUCGAACUCGGUUGAAUUCUUCUGCUUCGACCCCAUUUCAUUAGCAUGGGAAUCUCUCCCCAGCCCACUGUCCAAUCCACCCCUGAAGCUCCUCCACCGCCAUUCAUCUUUCAUAUCAAGAAUCCUCCCAAUUCAGUCCCUAACUGUUUCUGGUCGGUUAGUUCUCAUUGCCGCGACUAAUGACAAGUUCCUUCCUGCCUUCCAUCGUCCGUUAGGCUUCGACCCUCUAUCGAACAAGUGGUUUUUCGGCCCUCCACUUCUCACCCCGCGUAGAUGGUGCAUCACUGGCUCAGCUGAUGGAGCAAUCUACGUCGUAAGCGGCGUCGGAUCGAACUACAGAGGGGAUGUAGCAAGGUCUGUGGAGAAAUGGGAUAUGAAGAAAAAGGAAACUGAAUGGAAUUGGGAACAAAUGGCAGCACUGAAAGAUGGGAGAUACAGUAGAGAAGCUGUUGAAGCUGUCGGAUACAAUGGGAAGCUAUGCAUUGUUAACGUUAAAGGGAAUGCUAUUAAAGAAGCUGCUGUUUACAAUAUCAUGACGAAUCAGUGGGAGGUGAUGCCUGAGGGGAUGCGUGGAGGAUGGAAUGGACCAACCGCGACGGACGAUGGAGGACUAAUGUAUGUGGUGGACGAGACAACCGGGGUUUUAAGCAGGUAUACAUCUGAGAAUGAUCAUUGGGAGGAGUUGAUUGAAUCGGAGUUUUUGAAAGGUGCUGAUCAAAUAGCUGCUGGAAGAGGAAGAGUUUGCGCAGUUUGCGCUGAUGGUGCACGUAUUGCUGUGGUGGAUGUGGUGGAUAAACCAGCAAGAAUUUGGAUAGUGAAUCCCCCACCUAAGACGGAAGCUGUUGCUGUUCAUAUAUUGCCAAGGAUGAUCCGACAAGAUUAUGAUUAGACUAAUGUUGAAAACCUGUGCAUUGAUUAAUCUGAUU